GUAUUGCCGUCAUGAAGCCGCGUCGCGUUCCCGCAUCUGCUGUGAAGAGAGAAGAGGAAAUGUGUUUUUAGACAUUUAAAGUGUUUAAAUCGAUAUUAAAGACAGAGAAACUCCUGCUGAAGCGACUGAGCUCCACUAUUAUAAAGAUGGCCUUUAUUAAAGAGGACAGUGAAGACCUGAAGAUUGAAGAAACAUUCAAACAUGAAGAUCCUGAACAGCUAACAGUUGAUUAUGAAGAGGUGAGAUCUGACGACGGAUUGGCAGAAGCUUACUCAGUUUUAUCCAGUGAAUCUGAAGAAGAAGAAGAAGAUCUCUGUCAGCACUCGAGACAACCGAUCAAGCACUCCGCUGAUCUGGAGUCAGAUUCUCCUCCACCCAAACUGCAGAAACGCACACAGACGGUGAAAGCUGAAGUCCUGCACCCUCCAGCAGAUUCUCCUCCAGCAUCAGCUCUUCUCUCUCCGGCUCCAGACUGUGAUUCUCCUGCAGCUUCACCGCUUCCUCUGCUGUCGGCAGGUAUUGAGCAAUAUAUCGUGAGUUCUCUGGAGGAGAUCAAGCUCAGACUGACUGCGCUGGAGCGAGCGGUGGCCAGUAUCUCCAGAUCCAAAGCCAAAGAGGUGAUGCUGCCCGGAGGCGUCUUAUUACCCCUGCAGGACUACCAGGACCUGCAGAGCCUGGAGCUGAGGAUGGAGGACGCCCAGUGCCAGAAAGACCUGACUGCCUAUCUAGGCACCAUUGGUGGCUGUAAUAUCCAGAUUGCUACAAGGCGCAUAUUAACAACGCUGAUCGGACAUAACUUAGCCACAAAGCUGAACUGGACCGGCUCAAACCAGAAGAAACCCUUCCAGAACCUGCGGCUGAAGAGGGUUGUGACGGAGUCCGUCAGGAUGUGUGGUUUUCAGCCGAGUCCGCUCGACUCUGACAUCGAGAACGAAAUAAAAGUGUGGCUGCGAAACUCCAGAGACCGAGCAGGAGGACGGAAGCAGCGCUACCUCCGCAUGCUAACUAGCUAAGACCAAUACUGUACCAAUGCUAUCUCAACACAAGCCAAUGCACUGAUUUGGUGCUUCUAGUGUUUAUUUUUUAUAUCUGUACAGAUCGAGAUUGGUCACUCUGGCUCCCCGCAGUCCAGACUGAAUGACCUGUAAAUAUAUACGCUUUAUAUAAAUAUGUUGCUGUUACGCUGUUAGCAAUGUUUCGGAGAGAUGGGCCUAAAUAUGUCCCGUUAGGUCACUAAGGUUUAACCUUAAGGCUAGAUCAUUAGUGCUGAUCAAUACUUCAUCAUCAUCAUCAUUUCCACAGGAGUUAGAGGAAUAAUUCAGGAUAUUUACCUGUUCGUUUUUAUUCUUAUUCUAUAUUUAUAUAAUCUCGACUGUUAAUGAGCUUUACAAAUACAUAAAUACGCUUAUUUCAUGUGGACGCCAUUUUAAAAAACGAAAGUGAGGCUACUGUAAACCCAGAGGUAUAGGAUCAGCACAUGUUGUGGACUAUAAACCUCCAGUGAUUUCACAAAGUGCAGAUGUGGCGUAAACAUCACUUUAAUAUCAUUCAGAUACGUUUCAUUUACACAAUUAACAGCACAUUAGGCAUCGAACAACGUCACGAUCUCUUUAAGAGUCAUCCGCUUAAGUGUCCUCCUAGCCUCGUGUUGUCCCGCUACUGAACAUUUAAAGAUGUCCAUCUCCUGCUAACAUUUAUGGAUGUUCUUAAACAGCGCUGACUUGUCAUAGUGUUCACCAGUGCUCAACAGAAAAGACUGUGAUUGGCUGUGAAGGUCAUCAGUGCACCGCUCUUCACCGAGUGUAAACACUGAUAUAGGGACACUGGAGCGUUUUAAAGCCACGAAGAUCAGUCGAGUCAUCAGCGGAUCGCUCGUCUGUGAAACAUCGGCGAACUGAUGACCUUCACAGCCAAUCACAGUCAUUUCUGUUGAGCAAUGCUGAAUACUAUGGUAAAUCUUACAUUUUAAUCAGCGCUUAAAUUUUAGCAGGGAAAUUACGUUUUUUAUCAUUUCAGUACUGAAAUUCAGUAUCGUGAGUCUAAUAUAGUGAAAGUAUCUGUUUGUUAACUUGAGUUUGAUAAAUGGCAUCUACAACGUGUGUUUGGGAAAGAAAACGUUAGCUAACUAGUGCCAUUUCCCUUAACUUAGCUGAAAAUGAGCUCUGAUAUGCCUUUCUAUUUUCACCACUCAUUCAGAACGGACCUUCGGGUCACUCGGAAGGUGGUGAAGUUAUAAAUUUGUGUCACUUCCUCUUCGCUGAUAAGAUAUACAGUCAGGUACACGGACGCGGAUGCCGUUUCUCUGUGCCUUUAGGUGAUACUUUCGGGUUUCCUCCCACCGGCAGCCUCGAUUUCGCUUUUAAAAUGGCGGGCGUGGGAAAUCAGUCUAUGUACAAAUCAACACACACUAUUGCUUUGAGCUUUAUGGGAAUGUUGUGAAGAAAGCUGCGACUUUUUUUUUCACACUGGACUUUUCCUCCCAUAGACUUCCAUUCAUACGCACGCGAACGCGUCAGACCGGAAACGCAAGGUCAUGCAUCAAGUUUCGCAGGUUGCUGUGGUGCAGUCGCAUCACUUGUCUGCGUAAGACCAAUUGAGUAUCAAAACAGGACCUCUCUGAACAGAAAUUUAAAACAUGGAGCAAUCGCUCGCUUUAUUAAUGUCUAAUCAUGUUUAAUCCCGCCCCUUUUCGCAGUGACGUAUUACAGAAUUUCUCAUUAUCAAACUCCAGUGUGACCGCAGCUUUAUUCAUCAUCUCUAAUGUGAAUCUGCAUCAGAUCUGAGUUUACUGUGGUGCACAGUAAUGUGUUGCUGUAUUAUAAUCACAUUACCUGGGAGCGCAGUUAUGUAACGCUUUACAUUUGUGUCAUUUCAAUAGUCAAUAUAACGAUGAUUAUUGCUGUAUUAUUAAAUUACUUAUUUAAAAUGAGCUGAAAACAGGUUUUUUGGGGACAAUUGAACUGUGUUCUGUUCAACCUGCUUAAGUUUGUACACUCCAUGAAUGGAUUUGUGUUUAAAUAACAUGAAGGAACUGUGUGAAAGCCGGCAUUCUGUACAGUGUGUGUUACUUCUGUUACAAAUUCAGUUUUGCUAUAAAUAAAUAAAUAAUUAUAUGCUUUUAA